AUGUCCGAUACCGAGAACAAGCCUGUCGAGGAGGUUAAGCCUGACGCUCCUGCCGCCGGUGAGGAGACUAAGACCGAGGAGAAGCCCGCUGCUUUCUCCAGCUCUUCUGUCUUCUCCAUGUUCGGUGGUGGUGCUAAGAAGGAGAAGAAGGAGGAUGAGGAGCGCGGCGACACCUCUGGCAGCGCCAAGGCCCAGCGUGAGGCUGCUGCCGCUGCCGCUGCUGAGAAGGGCGAGGAGGAUGAGGCCCCCGAGUCUGAGGACGUUCACUUCGAGCCCGUCAUCCACCUAACCGAGAAGGUCGAGACCAAGACCAACGAGGAGUCCGAGGAGCAGGUCUUCAAGAUGCGCGCCAAGCUUUUCAAGUUCGUCAAGGAGGCCAGCGAGUGGAAGGAGCGCGGUACCGGUGACGUCCGUCUCCUCAAGCACCACGAGAAUGGCAAGACCCGUCUCGUCAUGCGCCGCGACAAGACCCUCAAGGUCUGCGCCAACCACUACAUCGUUCCUGAGAUGAAGCUCUCCCCCAACGUUGGUUCCGACCGCAGCUGGGUGUGGAACGCCGCUGCCGAUGUUUCCGAGGGUGAGCCCGAGGCCGUCACCCUCGCGAUCCGCUUCGCCAACUCCGAUAACGCCAACGCUUUCAAGGAUGCCUUUAUCAAGGCCCAGAAGGACAACGAGGCUCUCUUCAAGGCUGCCGAGGAGGCCGCCGAGAAGAAGGAAGCUGAGGAGGAUUCCCAGGACGAGAAGGCCGAGUAG